UGAAAGGAUGUGAGAGCCAUUACCACAGAAAAAGAAGUGGAUCUAAAUGUAUUUAGGAAUCUGUUUGAGGACAAUAUUGCUGAGAAAGGCAGAAGUCAGACUGUAGGUCUAUAAAAGAAAUGGCAGCAAGAUCUUCUGGCCUGGAAGAGGAUCUCUCCUGUUCCAUGUGUUAUGAUAUCUUCAAGGAUCCUGUUCUCCUGACAUGCAGCCACAGCUUCUGUAAAGUCUGUCUGGAGCAGCACUGGAAACAGAAGGGCUCUCAGGAAUGUCCAGCCUGCAGGAGAAGAUCUUCAAGGGAUCUGCCUCCCUUCAACUUGGCUCUUAAGAAUGUGUGUGAGAAGUUCUUACGGGAACAGAGUCAGAGACCUCCAGCAGGGUCUGAAGAGCUCUGCAGUCUGCACAGGGAGAAGCUCAAGGUCUUCUGUAUGACUGAUGAAGAGCCUGUCUGCCUGGUUUGUCAGACCGCAGGAAAACACAAAAACCAUGAGUUCUGUCCUGUGGAAGAAGCUGUGAUGGAUCGUAAGGAAGAGCUCAAGGCUGCAUUGGAGCAUCUGAAAAAGAAACUUAAAGAGAUUGAUAAAGUUAAACAGACAUCUGACCAAACUGCAGAGUUCAUUAAGACACAGACCCAACAGACCGAGAGGCAGAUUAAGGAGGAGCUUGAGAAACUUCACCAGUUUCUACGAGAUGAAGAGGAAGCCAGGAUAGCUGCACUGAGGGAGGAAGAAAAGCAGAAGAGUCAGAUGAUGAAAGAAAAGUUUGAGAGCCUUACAAGAGAGAUUUCAUCACUUUCAGAGACAAUCAGAGCCAUAGAACAGGAGAUGAGAGCUGACAACAUUUUCUUCCUGCAGAACUACAAGGAGACAAAGAGAAGAGCCCAGCGCACACUGCAGGAUCCAGAGGAGGUUUCAGGAGCACUGAUUGAUGUUGCCAAGUACCUGGGCUCUCUGAAGUACAGAGUCUGGGAGAAGAUGCUGGGGAUUGUUCAAUACAUUCCUCUGUCUUUGAACACCAAUACAGCAUCACCACAACUUUCACUGUCAGAGGAUCUAACUAGUGUGAGAUACAGUGGUCAAAGACAGCAGCUUCCGGACAACCCAGAGAGGUUUGAUAGCAUUGUCUGUGUCCUUGGAUCUGAGGGAUUCACCUCAGGCACACACUGCUGGGAUGUGGACGUGGAAGACAAAACUUGUUGGGUCUUGGGUGUUGUCAAAAAGUCCAUCAAAAGGAAAGGAUCAUUCACUCUAAGACCAGAAGGAGGACUAUGGGCUCUAUGGCUAUCGGGGGAUGCCUACGGUGCACUGACCUCACCAGUGACACAAAUCACUCUGAAGAGGAAACCCAAGAAAAUCAGAGUGCAGCUCGACUAUGACAUGGGGGAGGUGUCAUUCUCUGACCCCAGUGAUGGGACAAUCAUCUACACUUUUAAACACAAAUUUAAUGAGAUGAUGUUUCCAGUUUUCUUUCCUGGCUCUGAUCUUGGUCCUCUGCGAAUCUGCCCAGUGAAGGUGUCAGUAACACAGUGUGUUGAGGAUGAAGACCAGGGCAGAUCUGGGAUGAAAAAUCAUCCUUAAGCUUCAAUGGCGUCACUGUGUGAUAUUGCUUAGACUCUGAUAGCAGCUUGUAACACCACUUCCAACAGGACAGGAGGAGGAGAAGAAUUGAAAUGCAGCCGUAGUGGUUAUUUGAAGAGACUUUAAAAUUGUUCAUUCUGCUUUGUAUGACUGUGUGGAAUCAAAACUAGUUAUUCACCGGGGUGAGAUAAUUCUGAAUAAGUUCCAAUUGUAAUGAAAAUGUUUUUGAAUUUCAGAGGUACCUUUAAAAUCACUUACCUAAUUCUGUCAUCCAGUUUCUUAGUUACAGAGAGAAAUCUAAUUAUUGUUUAUUGAGCUAUGAUUGAAGACCAGUUAACCCCUAGCAUGAAUAUGUUUCCAAGCUGUAUUAUCACUUACGUUGAUCUCAUGUUGUAAUGUACAGUACAGCAACAAACCAAAAGUGGGUGAAAUUAAUUAUUUCUCUGAUUAAGAAUUCAUAGAGUGUUUGUAAUGAAACUGUCAUUUAUUAAAAAGAAGUAUUAUCUGUG